UUCAAUAUUGACGUAUAUUUAUUUGACGCUUGACACUCUCGCGAAGCGAGCGGCGUUAUUCGCGACAAAAAAUCGCCCUUCGGAGUGGAAAGAGAUACGGUUUAUUCGGCGAUAUCUAUCCGACGAGGAACAAUGUCGGGCGCGAUGGUGGACGAACGAGUUACAGAUGAGAUUGAGGCGUUGAAAGCAAUCCUAUUGGAUAACGAGCUCAACAUUAAGGAAAAUGAUAGAGGAGAGCCAGAGUAUAUCGAGACGAUACUGUUCCCAUCAACCGGUGAGGAUUCGCAAUCGCAAUAUGUUUGUGUCACCUUGAUUGUUCGAUUACCCUUGGGCUAUCCGGAUGUCUCGCCAGCUAUCAAUUUGAGAAAUCCGAGAGGAUUGGAUGAGGAUACGGUGAAACAGAUGCAAUCUGACGCAGAAGCCAAGUGUAAAGACUUCAUAGGUCAGCCAGUUAUGUUCGAGUUGAUUGAGUUAAUACGAGAACACUUGACGAGGAGCAAUCUUCCCACCGAUCAGUGUGCCGUCUGCUUGUACGGCUUUCGGGAGGGGGAUGAAUUCACGAAAACAGAAUGCUAUCAUUACUUUCAUUCGCACUGUUUGGCAGCACACGUUGCCGCCGCCGAAAGAUAUUAUAGAGAAGAGCAAGAAAAGUUACCGCAAUGGCAGCAGGAUACUACAAACAAAUUUCAAGCUAUAUGCCCAGUUUGCCGGGAAUCGAUCAAUUGCGACGUCGAAAGUUUAUGGUCGGCCCCGCCGCCGAUUGACGUCGAAGCUGCUACCGAUUUCUCCGUCACUGCCGAGUUGAGAGAACUCCAAAAACAGAUGGCCGCUUUGUAUUUACGCCAACAGCAACGAGGUGGCAUAAUUGAUCUGGAGGCCGAGGGCGUCAAGAUGCUGGUAAGGACAGAAGACGAUCCCGCUGCUACUACGGAAGAAGUCAGCCCGCCUGGCACGAGUUUGAGCGCAUAUUCGAAUACUACUGUGCAAUCGGUUACUCAAGUGCACUCAAAGCAGUCGACGCACCAAGCCCAAAACCAUCAUAAUUCGCAAUACCAAUCGCGUCAAAUGCAGCAUAAUCACGGCCACAACAAUCAUAAUCAUGGUCACCGGCAUCGAGGUCGCGGUCGAGCCCAUUACCGACGUCACUUUGACAGAGUCAGACAAGCGGAAUCUACUCCCAGAUGACAAUGGGCUCGUGAAAAAGUCGCCACUCGAGUCUGGUCUGAUCCUCUCUUCGAUUUUUCGCUAAGUGUAUACAAUAUUCUGAUUAGCAUUAGUAGCAUAAUAUACGUCAAUGUAAUAUACGGUGACUGUCUAUCCUCGAAUAGUUUUAUCGCGAUAAACUUAUAGGUGUCGUUGUUUAACGGCAGCAUACCCAUCGUCAUCAUCGCCAUUAUUGCAGCGGCGACGGGUUGCGUCGUGACUUUCCAUCUAAACUGUCUAAAUAAAUCGAAGCCGUGGUGCUGUUUCUUUCGCGAACGAUCCGCGAUCGUACAAAAUAGUUGAUAUUGUUUCAUCUUACUGCUUUCACUUUUUUUUCCUUAUUCUUUAAUUCACGCGAGAUUUCAUGACAUUUGAGAACCCAUCGGUCCUCUUCUCGUCUUUAAUAUUAAAUGAAAGAAGAUUUUGAAUAUUAAACAUAAUCGCAAACAAUACAAGCGAUUUUUUCCUUGGCAUUUAAAAAGCUCGCGCCUAUAGGAUGUUUAUUAAAUUAUAUUUAUGGUACUAUGUAAUCAAUAUUAUAUGUCAAAAUAUCUCCUGAUAAAGAAAUAUAUAUUAUAAUUUCAGAAAUUUGCUUUUCAUAUAACAUAUUUGCAAAGAUCUUUCUGUUUAUUUUAGCGAGUACUAUACGCAAAGUUUGUAUAACGAAGUUUUAAACAUCCUGUAUUUGUGAGAAAGAGCUUACAUAUACACGUUGAUGCGGAAAAAUAUUGAGUUCUGUUAUAAUUAUAUUAAAUUAUUUCUACAAAACUAAAAAACAGUUCCUUGAAACAAUUUAACUUGUCAGCGAUAUAGAAGAUAAAAAUGAAUCUUAAAGCGAUAUAACUUUGCAGGACGAGGAGAACCGAUGGUUUAAAUGUUACACCCUAACUUUAUAUUCACUGCCGCGAGUACGAGAAAAUUAUUCACUUUCAUUCGCGAUGAUUAUCUUUUUUUGAUUUUGUCGUCACUCCAGUUACGGCUACAAACGAACGCUCAAUACUUCUUACUGCAUAUAUUUAGCGUUACAUAUGAUCAUGUCAUUCUCCUAUUAAUGAAAAAUGCAUUAUUUGUAUUAAAAAAGUAAAUUUCAAAGCCAGAUAAUCACACAUCUAGCGCUAAAUCUGCUAAGAAAAUAUACUUGAGAAAUGACUACUUUUAAAAAUACCGGAUAUUCAAGAUUUAGCGCGACAUAUUUCAAGUACAAAUUCUUUUUUUUUAAUGAGUUAUUAAUUUUUCCUUGCAAACUUUUCAAGAAAACGAUUUAUUAUACCUCGAAGCGAAAAAAGAAGCUCGAAGUAAUAAUUACUGAGAUAUUGCUGUAGAAGAUAAAAAUACAUGUUUUUGCAAAUGGAGUUUCAGAAAUUUAUAACAACAAAAUUUUACUUUCUUAUGUUCUUUUUUUUCAAUUUUUUUAUUAAAAAUAUUUUUAACUUUGUCAAACAAUCGGCACAUAAAAUACUUAUUGUUUUUAUUUGUAUUUGUUUAAUCUGUCUUUGUUUAUCUAAGAUAAUUUGUAUAAAUAUCAUUUUUAUAUCUAACUUCUCCAUUUUUUUAAAAUACACACAAUCAGACGACAAUAUUAAAAAAACAUAAUGCGAAAAAUAUAUUUCGCAACUCCGCCUCAUGUGACACACAUGUAUGUUACGAGAAAAAUUUAGCAAUCAAAAAUUGCAUGGAAACAAAGAUAUUUUAUACAUUAGUAUGAAUCUAACAUAAUCAAAAUUAACAGAUACCAUUUAUUACGCUUAAUAUACGAUAUAUUGCGUGACAUAAAAAAAAAAUUAUAAUUAUAGUAAAUUAUAAUUGCUAUAACUUUGAUGAGUCUACAUUAAAAUGUAGAAUUCAGUGAAAUUAUAUCAAUUUCAAUUCCUAUUUGACAUAUGCAAUUAUAAUUAUCAAAUGUAUAUAGAGUGUUCUAAAAAUCGUUUCGUUAGCAGUGUUCAUCUUCUUAACACUGCUUCUAGAUCUAGAAAGAUUCAUUUUUUUGUUCAAUGAUGACUGGUUCAUUCCUCUACGAGUUGUAUAACUAUUGUUUUCGUUAUCUAACUUUCGCCAUUUGUUUUUUUCGUAAACAAUCUUCUUGUAGUAAAAAAAAGCUUCUUUGAGAUCGUCCGUAUUAUUUUAUUUCCGUGCGAAUUGGAACAUCGAAAUUGUCUUUAUCUUCCUUCUCUUAUACAAAUAAUCAGUUCGAAUAUUUCUUUCUUGUUCAUUGGAUAUAUUUGAAAUGUAUCAAACCUUUCUCUACAAUUGAUAUUGUUAACGUCAAUUAAUUUCUUCAAUAUUUUUAUUAAUAUAGCGUUCACCCAAUAUUCCUAUUUUUGCGCAUUACACUUACAAUAAAGCAGCACUUUAUUAAAAACAUUAAUAAUUUCGAAUCCGAACAAUUAUAUUAAAAUAACAAUAAUUAUUAAAUUUGAUUCGUUUACCUACCCGGUACAAUUGACUCUCUUUUUUAUUGACGACACGUCAUCGCGGAGAUUGUGGUUUGUCAUGAAAUCACAUUUUGUCAUAUUUAGCUAUAUAUUAAUCUUUGUAUAUUAAUCGCGACCAAUAGGGUAUAACAAUUAUUUGCAUGCAAAUAAAAAUUUGCAUGCAAAAAUUUUUAAGAGAGGAACAGCAAAUAUAUGAAAAAUAAUUGGAAUUUUUUAUUUAAAUUUGAAGAAUUUCCGAGAUAAUUGAUAUGAAGAAAAUUUCAUGGUAUCGCGAAAAGCAGCUUCAAGCAAUUUUAGAGCACACUAUAUACAUGAUUUAUGCCGCUUAAUGCUCACGUUUCAUUCACGAAGAAAGUAUAUGGCAUAUCUGAAAAUCUCGGAUACACGUUUUGCAACUUGAGAUAUGAUUUAAAGUAAAACUUUUUUAAAAAUGAUUCUCUCUCCCUCUUCCCCCCCUAUCCUCGCCACACCGCUCGCACUUUGAAUUUAUGAUCGAAGUGUUUGAGAUCAACAAACAUAGACAAUUGUGAUAAAAAAAAAAAAAGAAAAAUGAAGCAUACUCAACGUAUUGAAUUCAAAUAAAACAGGACAAGCAUCUCAUAUUAUAUAUACAAUUAAGAAUUAAUUCUGUUAUUUUAAGUUAUAUUCCUCUUUUGUAAAGUUCCUCUUUCCGUAAAGUGCAUUAGCACAUCAUAUCAUAUAGUACGAUUUAUAUAAUUUCGCGUAAACACGACUAUAAUUUUAAGAGACGAAGGCAUUGUCUAUUGUAGAUACUUUCCACGUAUAUAAAAAUGUACAUAUAUGUAUAUGUAUAGUAUAUGAAAAAUAUACGUGUGUGUGUGUGUGUGUACACACACACACACACACACACACACAUACAUAUAUAUAAUACAUGUAACACACAUAUACACAUAUACAUAUAUAAAAUAUUGGAAAAAAAUUGUUAGCAAUCUCGUGUAGAACUUUUCCACAUGAAUAUGUGAUACUUACAAAAGGGUAAUAGGCUAAAUGUAAGGAAUAUUUAGACGCAUGAAAAUUUGAAUAAUUUCGUUUUUAAAUUGCAACUUAAAAUUUUUCUACUUUUAAAUUAUAAUCGCUCGAUUCGCUUAAUAACUUAAAAUCCACUUCAGUUUCAUUCUUUGCAAUUAGAUUUUCUAUCGAAUAUUUACUAAAGAAAAGGAAUUGACAUAUGAAAUACACAAGAAAAUAGCUAUAAUUGAAACUAGCAGACAUUCUGAAGUGCAGACGGGAUUUCAAAGAUAAAUAGCCAAACUUUAGGAGCGUAUUUGACUUAUUUAAGGAUGAAAAAGAAUCAUGACAAUAUCGUGAAUGCAAUAUAAUUCUGGAAACAUUAUUCUUUUGAGUUAUAAUUACUUUUUGUUUACGACAAAAUUUUGUAAUAAUUUUGGACUCAUGUUUAUAAGAUCUUUUUUUAUCUACAUUGACAUAUUUUAAAGUUUAAUUGUGUAUAUCCAUAAGACAAAUCCUGUAUAAAGAAUAUGAGAUAUAUUUGAAUUAAAAG